CAUCUUCAGCUCCAGGAGUCGUAUUCUUCCAAUUCCCGAUACUCGCGAAAAAUGAGCAGGGAGAAUGUUACGGACGAGCGGGAGCCUCCAGACAUUGAGCGAAAUGAACCUGCCAAAUUUCCAGACGGUGGACUUCGUGCAUGGCUCGUAGUUGUCGGUGCUUUCUUUGGACUCUUUACAAGCUUUGGGUGGACCAAUUGCGUUGGCAUAUUUCAAGCAUACUAUCAAACCCAUCAGCUCCGAACCAUGUCCGCCAGCACCGUGUCCUGGAUUCCCGGGAUAUCUAUGUUCAUGAUGUUUAUUACGGGUCCUUUUGUUGGUCGGCUGUUCGAUGCAUACGGGCCUCGAUGGCUUCUGCUCAUCGGGUCUCUGCUACACGUAUUUGGACUUCUGAUGGCUUCAUUUGCUUCUCGGUAUUAUCAAUUCAUCCUGUCUCAGUCAAUAUGCAGCCCUUUGGGUGCGAGUAUGGUGCUGUACUCCUCGUUCAAUUGCGUCGCAACCUGGUUCCGAGAAAAGCGCGCUUUGGCAAUGGGCAUCACCGCAAGUGGCUCCAGCCUGGGGGGUGUUGUCAUGCCAAUUCUUGUCGAUCAUAUCAUCGAUAGGAAUGGCUUUGGCUGGGCCAUGAGGAUUUGCGCCUUAUUCAUGCUCGCCUUGCUGGUUGUGACCAACUUAACCGUUCGCUCCCGGCUAAGACCGCAUCCCACUACUUUGACUUUGACGAGUUAUUUGAAGAACUUUACCGAUAUACCCUUCGUUCUGGUGACAUUGGCGAGCUUUUUCUAUUCGAUGGGGAUGUUUAUCCCCAUUACAUAUAUCGUCACCUACGGCCAACAUGUGGGUAUGCGGACUAGUCUCGCUGGGUACCUCGUCUCCAUCUUCAAUGCUGCAAGUGGCAUCGGCCGAGUACUGCCGGGGUAUGCGGCAGACAAGAUCGGAAACUUCAAUAUUUCAAUAUGUGCAGCGGCCCUGUCUACGGUGUUUGUCCUAGGCUUAUGGCUCCCUGGCCACUCUCAGGCAACUGCGAUUGUGUUCGCCGCAACUUUUGGGUUUAGUUCUGGGACCUACACGGCUCUGAGCCCAGCUUUGGUCGCCCAAAUCUCGGACAUUCGUGAGAUUGGCACCCGGUCGGGAGCGCUGUAUGCUUUCAUGUCAAUUUCGGCAUUGGUCGGCAGCCCCAUCGGCGGUUCGUUAAUUGCCAAGGCGCACGGAGAGUAUUGGAAGUUGCAGGUCUUUACUGGCAUGAUGCUGGCGGGAGGAACGCUGUUCUAUUCUGCGACUCGCUUUCGCUUGACCAAAGGCAAGGCCUGGGUGAAAGUGUAACAGAGCUCCUGGAUAGUAUGUCUGCGUUAUUAGUUGAAGUGAUGGUCACUUGAGUGUCCGAUCAAUUGACGACGCUUAAAUCGUCUUUAUUAGGCCACUAAGCCCGUUCCUUAGACGACUAGUUCAACGAUUGGAUUGACAUCGGCUGGAGGAUUCUGGCGCACACUGGUUCAUUUCUAUAUCGGACAUUGGGUGUUUAAGUGCUAAAGGCUGUUAUUCAUACUUGUGCUUACUACUUUGUGUGUGUCAGCAUGUAUGUGGCUAGGUUUAGGUCUAAUGACUCGGUCCUUUCUGGAUAGACCAUUCACCGACCCGCUGCGGGAUUCCCAGACAAUUAUGGUUGUCUACUCUGUAGUUCCACUGUGGGAAAUACGUAGGUAUUCUUGUACUGCAAUCGAU